AUGGUCGAAGGAUCACAUAAUACUAGUCCACGAAGUCCAGCUCCGCUCGUUCCGCCUGGUGCUUCUGGAUUAGGUUUUGGUGGCAGAAAGAGCGUGCGCGAAUUCCGAGGCGACCGCGAUCCUCCUAAGAACAUCCAAGGCCAAUUCUUUUGCAAUCAUAAUGACUGUAAGACUGCACCGCCUACCUUCCGUCGCCCCGGGGAAUGGAACAAACAUAUGGAUAAACACUAUCGGCCUUAUAAGUGCUACGAAUCCGGUUGCGAGAAGAUUCGGGGCUUUACCCACUCUGGCGGGCUCUGGCGCCACCGGCGUGAGGUCCAUAAGACCGACAAGACUGAGAAGCCUUUGUUGUGUCCCCAUCCCGAGUGUUACCGCAGCACCGGCAACGGAUUCACGCGCCAGGAAAAUCUUAGAGAACACCUGCGUCGUCGCCACGCGGCCACGGAGGAUGGUUCAGCAGUCCGCACCGACUGUCCCCCAGCUACUGCUCUCAAGCGCAAGCGCAAACAAGAUUCGCCCGACGAAGAGAAUCGUCAAGAUCUCCACAAGGAAGUCAAGCAGCUGCGCCGCGAGGCACAGCAGAUAAGUCGCCGCCUUGAGCAGCUGGAAAGCGAACUUGCCCUUCUCCAAAAGGGCAUCACCAAGCCACCCAUGCCCAAACACUUAGCACUCAGAGUCUUCCUCGCGUAA